CCUCAGAUAUCCGACAGGCGCACAGAGGGACCGCACAUCACACGCGGACGGUUUCUCUAUCCCUCAUUUUUUAAAUUCUUCUUUGAGCUUUUCCUCGAAGCACUGGAUCGUUCCUGGCAGCAUGAAGGAAAGAAGGAGCACGCAGCCGCUGGUGGUGAGGUGCAAGCUGGUUCUUGUGGGAGAUGUCCAAUGCGGAAAAACGGCGAUGUUGCAGGUCCUGGCUAAGGACUGCUAUCCAGAGACUUACGUGCCCACGGUGUUUGAAAACUACACCGCGUGUCUGGACCUCGAGGAGCAGCGCGUGGAGCUCAGUCUGUGGGACACCUCAGGUUCUCCAUACUACGAUAAUGUGAGGCCUCUGUGCUACAGUGACUCAGAUGCAGUUUUACUGUGUUUUGAUAUCAGCCGCCCAGACACUGUGGACAGCAGUCUGAAGAAGUGGAAAACUGAGAUCCUAGACUUCUGCCCGAGUACACGCAUCCUGCUCAUUGGCUGUAAGACUGACCUGAGGACAGAUGUGUGCACGCUGAUGGAACUGUCCAAUCAGAAACAGACUCCCAUCACCUAUGAGCAGGGUUCAGCUAUGGCCAAGCAGCUGGGUGCAGAGGCCUACCUGGAGUGCUCUGCAUUCACCUCGGAGAAAAGCAUCCACAGUGUGUUUCGUACGGCAGCGCUGGCCUGCAUCAACAAGCUGCAGCCUCUCCCGAAGCCCAGCCCUACCCGCCGCCUCUCCAAAAGACUUCUCCACCUGCCCAGCAAGUCCGAUUUGCUCUCCUCCACUUUCAAGAAGGAGAAAGCUAAGAGCUGCUCGGUCAUGUGAGCAGAGGCCUCUUCAGUCACAUGACCGAGCAGUCUUCACACGUGACUCCGCGGCCCCGCCUCAUUGGUCUCGGGGAGGGGGGGGUGGGCACGAUGGUUUUAUCAGGGCUUCCUGCUGAUUCCUUCCCUCACCCCCCCAAGAAGCUAAACACCCCUCAGAAGAUGUAGACACCUUGCUGUCCACUUACUCCUGAACCUUUUCAUGCACAUCCAUCUUUUUCCACAAGUGCUAAUCAUGCUUUCCACCAACCAGUAGUGAA